GUCAUACAGCCUCAUCUACCCGGAAGCAGGAAGUCUUUAGCCAUGAUGCCCAUAUGAUGAAGCCUACGCUUCUUGUGUGAAUGAGUACCUUGGUGUGCAGGGUUGCCACAGUCUGGAGUAAUUUAACAGUGGUGCAUUCAUCCUAAAUCAGAGCGAUGUCUCCCGAUGAGCUGGUGUACUUGGGAGUCCUUGCUGCUUCCAUUCCUGUAGGAUUUCUAUUCCGUUACCUCAGUCCUCCUGUGAAGCAGGGGGCAGCUCUUCUUCUGGGCCUCUCCAUCACCAUCGCCACCUGUAACAUCCACACACUCCACUCUCUGGUGACUGUGAUUGGAACAUGGAUUAUUGUAAAGAGCAGCUGGCGGUAUGCACCAGCUCUGAGUCUCGGCUGGUCCUUCCUCUACCUCCUCUUCUUCCGGCUGGUCACUUCAUUUGGGCUGCCACAGCCGACACCUUUUGCCAACGCUGUCCAGCUUCUACUCACUCUCAAGAUGGUGAGUCUGGCUAACGAGGUACAAAGCUUCCACAUCGAGAAGAAAAAGGAAGUGAGCUCCUUUGCCAAGUCUCCUGUCACAGUUGGUCUGUCCCAGGAGCCGUCCCUCUAUGACAUUCUGUCGUAUAGCUACUGUUAUGUUGGUAUAAUGACCGGUCCCUUCUUCCGCUUCCAGACGUACGCUGACUGGCUGAAGCAGCCAAGUCCACAGGCCUUGCCCUGCUGGGAGCCGUGCCUGCAGCGGUUGAAGCUGGUUCCUUUGUACGCCGCUCUGUUCCUGGCUGUAAACUCUGUCUUUCCUCUGGCCUACGUUCGCACAGAGGAAUUCCUGGACCGGAACUUUUUCUUUCGGUUCUUCUACAUGAUAGUCGUGUUCUUUGUGUUUCGGAUGCGUUUCUAUGCAGCCUGGUGUGGAGCUGAGGCUGGUUGUAUCAGUGCAGGUCUGGGCUGCUAUCCAGAGAAAGCGCUAUCCAAACCUGGAGGAGGACCCACUGUCACCUACAGUCCUGAUCCCUCCACUGAAGAGAAAUAUGACUUCAGAACCAUCCAGAACAUCGACUGCUACAACACUGACUUCUGUGUGAAGGUCCGGCAUGGCAUGCGUUACUGGAACAUGACAGUGCAGUGGUGGCUCCAUCACUACAUCUACCCCAAUUCUCCCUUCAAAUCCUACACACUCAGAGCUGGCUGGACCAUGUUCAUCAGCGCAUACUGGCAUGGACUUCACGCUGGAUACUACCUCUCCUUCCUCACCAUCCCCCUGUGCAUCGCUGCCGAGUCCGCCAUGGAGGCUUCAGUCCGAACCAAACUGGGCCCACGAGGACAGAACAUCUUCGACUGGGUUCACUGGUUCCUGAAGAUGCGGGCGUACGACUACAUGUGCAUGGGCUUUGUGCUGCUGAAGGCCGUCGACACCGUCAACUACUGGAUGUCCAUCUACUUCAGCAUGCACAUCAUCGCUGUGUGCUGCAUCAUCAUUGGCAAGGUCCUGAAAGGAGGGAGAGGGGAAGGGAGGAAAGGGGACAAGGAGGGAGAGAAAAAGGAGAAUGUGAAAGAGAAAACUGGAGAAAAAGCAGACUGAAUGGAGAAAAAGAACUGGUGGGAUCCUUUUCUUCCAGAUAUGAGAGGAGUUACAUCAAUACACAAACUUUCAAAAUUGGCCACACCAACACUCAGCUUUUUAGAAAAAUAAGAGCUCAAAAUGAUUUCAUUAAAACUGCAGCACAUUAGAUAACCUGAUAAAGACCAACAUUUUGUAUACAUGUACAUAUGCAUCAAGUGAACACAGGGAAAGGAAUGUAUGCGCUCAAUGAAUGUCACUUUCAUAGUGUGAAUGGAGAACAGGGUUUAAAUAGUGAGGAGCUCCCCUCAUCUUUGUGUCUGCCUGUAUAGUAUGAGUACUUUUAUUACAUGGUAAAAUUCACAGUUAGAAACAGUUCAUCGAGCGAUGUGCAGGUUUAAAUGAGGUUGUUGAAAUGUCAAGGUGCUGUUAAGUAGUAGGUUGAGUCCAACGUUGAACCUCAUUGUGAUCUGAUAGAUAAUUUUAAAAAGAGGCGUAUUUAAUUAGACUUUAUUGCAUGAGUUUUCAAAAACAACAAAACAUUCCAACAACACUCAGUUACAUGAAAACAUUGGGAGGAUAUUUUCAUCUCCAGCCUCUGUGGGAGAAUUGUCAACAUUUCCCUGCUUCUUUAGAGUCUGGGGAAAAACUGCCACUGCCAUUUGGCAUCCUAAAUCUGCAUUUUCUUUCUAUUUCUUUUCCACAGGAACUGCUCAAAGUGGAUUAAUUUUCUUGUUAAAUGCAACCUGUAACUUCAAGUGAGGCCCAUUACAUGAGUUCUCUUGAAGCAUUUCAUUAAUACAAGCAUCAUGGAGCUUUUUCAAAUUCAACAACGUUCAAAUGUAAAGGUUCAAAACAAGAUCCAGAUACUGUUCUCUAUUUUUGUCUGUUUACAUUUAUAAAAUAUUCAUUAUUUUGUUUCUUGUUACACAUUUCCCAAAUGUAUUUGCUGUGUAUUUCCUUGUUUUCAUUUCCUCCUGAUUUUUGUUUCCUUAACUUAUUCUGCCCGUAUCUGUGUUCAAAUCAAAUCACAUUAGGAACAUAAGCACAGUCAUCUCUAUAGCCAUGUCAGAACUAGUGCAUGUAAGAGGAGCAACAGUCCAUUCACUGCCAAAAUGUCUCUGUACUGCCAUCAUGGACCAUCAGGGUUGGGACCAAACAUUUGAUAACAAAACUUUGACAGUUCUACAUCAUAACUACAAGCUGCCAAUGAUGUUCAUGAAUAACGGCACAGUUAAAGCUGGGCGAUGUGGGUGAAAUCCUCAAAUCAAAUUUGGACCUUAUGUCAUGUAAAUGGAGCUGUAGUUUUCUUUAAUGCUGCCUACAGACGUGUUCAUAGCGGUAAACUUCAUAACCUUGUGUAUUUUCUUACAUUUUGAGCCUGAUCUGAAAGAUUCAUUCAGACAGCAGAAAUUUAAUGAAUAACUUUAUAUAAUGUUAUCUGCCCAAAGUUCAUAAACUUGAAUGAUCAUCCAGCUCUAACUGCAGCUAAACUGUAUUAGUAAACAAAAUGUCCUUCUGCUACUGUGUCAAACUGUGAUAACUGCUGCAUCUCUGCUUUGAAUGAGCCGGUCUCACCUCAGAACUGAAAGUCUCUCUCCCUUGUUUGGUAUAAUUUGAAUUGCAAACAGACUGUGUUUACCCUCAGAGUACCAAAAUCAGCCCUUUGUUUCACUGGUUUCAAUAUUUUACAGUGAUGAAUGUGUCAUACCCUCUGCUUACUUCUUAUAUAACAACUUCCUCCUUUUUUUCCCAGCUCCACAUACCUCAGCGACUGUAACACUCCCUGCUUUGUAACAGUUGUCAAAUACAUAUCAGCUUUUCCUCGUAAAUAUAACUCACAUGUCUCCUUUUUUUAAAUUUGGUGAUGGUUAUCCGUCAGUUUUUUGUGUAUUAUAAGGAUUGCAUGUUUAUGUGUGAGUUGCAAAGAUGAAUGUUGUAGGGAAGAAGCUUGUUCUUUUAGUUGUCAGACAGGGAAAUAAUUAAGUCCUUAGCAUCUGUGAAUGCAAACACACCUGCUGAGUUACCUCCCAACAGUGUGUAAUAUUCAGUUUCACUAAGAACAUGUAUUUGUAGUUUACAACUACUUUGUAAAUGUAACUUUCUUUGGCUGGUUCAUUCAAAGUAUUAAUAUUUCUAAGGUCAUUUCCAUCACUGCAUACAAUCAAGAUUAAACAAAAUAUGACCUUAAGUUUUCACUACA